CAUAACUAAGUAAUUAUACCUACAUAGCAUCAUAAGAGAUCAGCACUCACAAACACGCACAAAAGAAGAAGAAAGAAAAAGAGCAUAUUAAGAGUCAAAAGAUGAAAGCAAUCUACUUUCUUAUUGGUUUGUUGGCUUUAGCAUCCUCUUUUGCAUCAGCCUAUGAUCCCAGUCCACUGCAAGAUUUUUGUGUGGCUCUCAAUGACACCCAAAAUGCUGUAUUUGUGAAUGGAAACAUUUGCAAAGACCCUAAAGUUGUAGUAGCUGAAGAUUUCUUCAAGCAUGUAGAUCCUGGGAAUGUUGACAACAAACUUGGCUCAAACGUGACUCCUAUCAGUGUUAACGAACUACCCGGACUUAACACACUCGGCAUAUCACUUGCUCGCCUAGAUUUUGCACCUAAGGGUUUAAUCCCUCCUCACACUCACCCUCGAGCCACAGAGAUUUUAACAGUUCUUGAAGGCACUCUCUUUGUUGGAUUUGUCACUUCCAAUCAAAACAACAGCAACCGUCUUUUUACUAAAGUGCUCAACAAGGGUGAUGUGUUUGUGUUCCCAAUUGGUCUCAUUCAUUUCCAAUUCAACGUCGGUUAUGGCAACGCUGUUGCUAUUUCUGGUCUUAGCAGUCAGAAUCCAGGUGUUAUCACAAUUGCAAAUGCUGUUUUUGGAUCCAUUCCACUUAUUUCUCCUGAAGUUUUGACUAAAGCUUUUCAAGUGGAUAAAAAAGUAAUUAACUACCUUGAAAAACAGUUCUGAUAUGACAAUAACUAAUUUUAUGGAGUGAAUUACUACUUCAUUCCAUUUGUGUGAUAUAUUGUUUGAACUCAUAUAUAAUGUAGAACAAUAAAUAAAAUUCACGAGGAAUAUAUA